UACGUGGCACGUGAGGGGCCGACGUGGACGCCUGGUGAUCGCUCUCUUGGCCAAAAAAGCCUGAGAGCUAUGGAAAAAGAGAAGUUCUUCGCGUGAGUGGGGGCUACCUUUGGUAAAAGAAAAAUUUUAGGGAAGGUAUUAAUGUACACAGCGGUGUGUAGCUUGUAGGACUGCGUCUUGGUUUCUUGGAGCGAAGAGAGGGGAAAAUGCCGCUGGGAUUCGAUGCUUCGGCGGCCGAUCCAUCCGAUACCGCGUCAAGAAAUGGCGAUGCGCACCUGUGCGAUCUCAUCAGCGACAUCGAUUUCUCCAAGCUUGUGGCGCUCAAGCCCCGGCCGAUCGAGACGCAGCGGUCGCUGGACGAGCGCACGCUCAGUGACCUAGUUUCGCCCGGCAUUUCUCCUCUGCCGCCCUCGCGGCACGAGAUCGGUGAGAAUUUCUCCAUGAAUUUCUUCCGUUCGGCCUCCAACACGCCGCGGUCGCUGCUGGAUCCCAAUCCCGCGAUGAUCGAUGCAUGGGAGCAGCUCCGGCGAUCUUUGGUGUAUUUCCGCGACAAGCCGAUCGGGACAAUCGCUGCCAACGAUCCGGUGGAGGAAAGCCUCAACUAUAACCAGGUUUUCGUGAGAGAUUUCGUGCCCAGCGCCCUCGCUUUCAUCAUGAAUGGCGAACCCGAGAUUGCGAAGAACUUCCUGAUGAAGACAUUGCGGCUGCAAGCGUGGGAGAAGCGAAUCGACUGCUUCACGCUCGGCGAGGGCGUAAUGCCGGCGAGCUUCAAGGUAUUGCAUGAUCCCAGCAGAACCGACACGAUGAUCGCCGACUUUGGCGAGAGCGCGAUUGGGAGAGUCGCUCCCGUCGACUCGGGCUUCUGGUGGAUCAUUCUCCUCCGUGCCUAUGUCAAGGCCACCGGCGAUCACAACCUUUCCGACGAUCCCGACUGCCAGCGAGGGAUACGAUUGAUCCUCACCUUGUGCCUCUCGGAAGGAUUCGACACCUUCCCGACUCUACUCUGUGCCGAUGGCUGCUGCAUGAUCGAUCGCCGGAUGGGAAUCUACGGGUACCCGAUUGAGAUCCAGGCGCUGUUCUUUAUGGCUCUCCGCUGCGCAAAGUUCUUGCUCAAGCCGGAAGCUGGCGGUAAAGAGUUCAUCGAGAGGAUUGACAAGAGGCUCCAUGCCCUGCGAUACCAUCUCCGCUCGUACUUUUGGCUCGACUUCCAGCAGCUCAACAACAUCUAUCGCUACAAAACAGAGGAGUACUCGCACACAGCGGUGAACAAGUUUAACGUGAUCCCCGACUCCAUACCCGACUGGGUGUUCGACUUCAUGCCCAUGAAAGGUGGCUACUUCAUUGGGAAUGUGAGCCCGGCGAGGAUGGACUUUCGGUGGUUCACGAUUGGAAACUGCGUGGCCAUCCUCUCGUCGCUGACAACGCCGGAGCAGGCCACCGCGAUCAUGGACCUCAUCGAGGAGCGCUGGGACGAUCUCAUUGGGGAGAUGCCACUUAAGGUAACGUAUCCGGCACUGGAAGGACACGAAUGGAAGAUUGUGACCGGCUGUGAUCCCAAGAACACUCGAUGGAGCUAUCACAACGGCGGCUCGUGGCCAGUGCUCCUGUGGCUGCUGACGGCGGCUUGCAUCAAGACGGGGCGACCACAGAUAGCUCGCAGGGCCAUUGAGAUCGCCGAGGCCAGGCUCAGCAAGGAUGGGUGGCCCGAGUACUACGACGGAAAGACAGGUCGCUACAUCGGCAAGCAGGCCAGGAAGCUCCAGACAUGGUCAAUUGCGGGGUAUCUGGUUGCCAAAAUGAUGCUGGAGGAUCCUUCGCACUUGGGGAUGGUGUCACUGGAGGAAGACAAGAAGACCAAGCCGUACCUUACCAGGUCUAACUCGUGGACGUGCUAGAUAGUUCGGGCAGCUCGUCGUACAGGGAGGG